CCCGCCAUUCAACUUCCCGUGUACUUCCGGGGAAAAGUAGCGCGAACAGCCAUUUUGAAAAGAACAUGUAAAAAUUCCGUCUUAUACCCGAAUCCCGACCCAAAUCAAAUUCUUAUCAGUUCGAAUUCUCAAUAUCUGGAACUAUCACGGCCAAAACAAAUAACACUCUUGUGGAUUUGAGGAAAAAUCGGACAACUAAAACAAUGGCGAGGGGCAAUAAGGACAUGGAAAUGGCGAAACAAGGUUACAGGGAAGCCAAAAACAGGGGAGACAACGAAGAAGAAGCCCGCUGGGCCAACCAAAUUGGCCAUCUUCUCAAAGAACGAGGAGAAUAUGUAGAAGCUCUCAGAUGGUUUCAAAUCGAUUACGAGCUUUCUCUCAAGCAUCUGCCUCAGAAGCAGCUUAUGCCCACGUGCCAAUCCAUUGGGGAAAUGUACUUGCGCCUCGAAAGAUUUGACGAUGCACUGAUUUACCAGAAAAAACAUCUGGAAUUUGCUCAAAAGGUGGAUGAUCUUGUGGAGCAGCAGCGGGCUAGCACGCAGCUUGGUAGGACUUACUUUGACAUUUAUGAAAAAAAUGAAGAUAAUUACUUUGCACUCAAAAAGGCAAAGAAAUAUGUGAAGCUGUCACUGGAAUUAGCUCGCACUUUAAAGGAGAACCCCCCAAAUAGAAAUUCCCCAUCCUUUGUCAAGGAGCUUGUGGAUGCAUAUAAUAAUAUGGGUUUGCUUAAAAUUUAUUUGGAAGAUUACAUUGAGGCAGAAAGGGUUUUGCAAGACGGUUUAAGGAUUUGUGAUAAUGAAGAGGUUGCGGACAAUGAUGAAGGGAGGACAAGGCUUCACCAUAAUCUAGGUCGAAUUUACAUUGAGAUAAAAGAGUGGGAAAAGGCAAAGGAACAUAUUCAUAUUGAUAUCCAAAUAUGUCAAAAUAUUCCCCAUCCUCAAGGGGAGGCCAAUGGUCUCAUCAACCUUGGUUUAAUUCAUUAUAAAUUGCAUAAGUAUGAUGAUGCCCUUUUAUGCUAUAAAAGAGCUUUGAGGAUUGCGAGUAAAUUGGAGGAUGAAGAUGCCCUAGUGAAAAGUGUUAGAUUGAAUAUUGAAAGCACUGAAGAAGCUCUGAAGAUAAUGAGCGAACUGGUUCAAGAAGAGCAGCAGCUGAAAAAGCUUACUCGUAAUGCUAGCCUAGCAUUGGGCACUGUAUCUCAGAGAAGAAAUCAGAUUCAACUACACAAAUUUCUGAAACGAUUAAUUGAGAUUGCAAUAAAUAUUGAAGCAUGGCCCAAGUAUCUUGAAUAUGCCAAAAAAGCAAAAAAUGUGGUGAAAGGGCUAAGAGACAUGGAAAAACUAAGUGAUGCAUUCCUAGAUAUUGGUGAGGCUUAUUAUAACCUCCGCAAGUUUGAUAAGGCAAAAAAAUGGUACAUGAAAAGUUGGAAAGCCAGCAAGGCCAUUCACAAUCUUGAAGGUCAAGCUGUAGCAAAAAUCAAUAUUGGUAAUGCACUUGACUCAGCUGGUGAAUGGACUGAAGCGCUGGAAGCAUACCAAGAGGGUUAUGAUAUGGCUGUUCAGGGGAAGGUAAUAUCCUCACAGUCUACAGCACUGCAGAAUAUGCAUUAUAGCUACAUGCUGCGAUUUGAUAAUCUCGAAGAGGCAAGGAAAUUGGAACCUGAUAUUGAACGAUUAAAAGAAAUCAUAGCUAAAAAGGGAGAUGACAAAGGUUCUGAUGAUGAACGGUUGUCUGAAACUGAGAGUGAAUCGGAUGAUUCUGUAAACGUAGCAGAUGAAGAAAUGACUACACAUCAUUCACCUAUUCGCCUUUUCGAGAGAACAGCAGAUAGUGGUCAUCUCUUUGGGCAUGAUGCUGGCAACACAUCAGGUCAAGGAGCCAAGCCUCAUGCAUUAGUUGAGGACGACCUUCCUUUGUCUCAAUAUUUGAAUUCUUGCAAGAAGGGAUUUAAGAAGGAAAAAGUUCCUCAGGACAUGCAAGGGAAGAAAAGAAGUCAGAAUUCAAGCAGUCUUGAAGCAAAUAAUAAAUCUCAGGAGAAAAAUGACAAUGCUCUUCUUCCACAGGUUGUUGCUAGUGAACUAUUAGUUGGAUGCAAACGGUCCCAUAUGGUUAUAUCUGAUGACGAGUCAAGUGAUAAUCCAAAAAAGAGCCAUAUCAAUCUACAUAUGGAGAAAGACAAAGAUCCAAAAACUUGCAUUUUAGAGAUUCGAGAUAACAUGUCUGCAUAUUCUUCUGAAAGGAUACCAUCAAAGGCCAGAGGAACACACGUCUCUCCUCAUGUGCUGGGACAGAUUUCAGCUGAUGGUAAUUCUGGAAACAGUAAGGGAGUAACAGAAAUAUCAACUUCCGUCCAGAAGGGAGUUGACUUUUCCACUGGGUUGGUGCCAACAAGAAGUUUAGAUAGUUUAAUCUCGGUUAGGAUUGGUGAAAUCAUCGUAACAGUGGAUGUAGGGGGACCAUGUCAAUAUGAUUUAAAGACAAUUGGUUGGCUGAAGUUAGAGGUGGUACAACAAUAUUGUGUACAAGUUUAUAGCAAGGAUAAAUCUUUAGGUUUGAAGCCUGUUGUUCAAGAGCUAAUUUACAAGGGAAGUACUCAUAAGUCAGAUGAGUUGGUAAAAGAUCUUAUAUCCAGCCUUAUUCCUGGAGAUAUAAUUGAUGCUGUCAUUAAUGGUUGGGUUUGGUUAACUUUGGCAGAUCAAUAUUUAAUCUCUUGCAAGGAAUGCAGUCAGACUCCUAAUCAAAUACUCUUGACUAAACUAUAUAACAUGAAGGUAUCAGAAGAUGAAGUUGUGGUGUCUAAUUGUGAGCUGGAUGAUGUGUCCGUGUUGCCUUUGAUAAAGGCACUUGGAAAGUCUGGGAUAUUCUCACUUUUGGAUUUGUCUCACAAUUCCCUAGGAAACCAAACUUUGCACAGUGUACAAGAAAUGAUUGCUGCAUCAAACAAUAGAAAUUUGGGAUUGACACUAGAUCUUCAUGACAAUCAACUAGGGGCUAGUGCUUUGCUGCAGAUUUGCCAAUGCCCUGUUUCUUUAUCUCGACUUGAAGUGUUGAACUUAGCUGGAAAUCGCUUGACAGAUGCCUCUGCUCGCCAUCUUGCCACCAUUAUUGAAGAUUGCAAAGCUUUGGCAAUUUUGAAUUUGGAGGGUUGCUCUCUCACCAGCAGAACCGUUCAUAGGAUUUCCAGUGCAUUGCCUUUGGAGUCAGGACUUGUCAAACUAUCAAUUGGUAAAAAUCACAUUUAUGGAAAUUGCAUAUCAGAUCUGCUGAAGAAGCUGUCUAAGCUAGAAAGUUUUUCAGAUCUUGACUUGACAAAUGUGGAGUUGAAUAAAACUUCAAUAGAUAGCCUUUGCCACCUUCUUCAAACAUCAUCUAGUAUUGCUUCACUGGUGAUUCAAGGCACAAACAUUGGAAAGGAUGGAGCUUUAAAAUUAAGUGAAACCUUGGCAGAACGAGCAAUGGCAGUUACAGUGCUUGAUAUGUCUUUUUGUGGGAUUGGUCUUCAUGGUGGAGAAAAACUUUUCAAUGACCUCAGUUUACAUGAAGGCCUUCUUCAGUUGAAUUUGAGUGGGAAUCCACUUGAGGAAAGGGGGGUCAAUGCUUUAGGACAUCUUCUUGGAAAUGCACAAUGCCAUUUGAAGUGGCUGAUGGUAAACAAAUGCAGCCUUGGUCAACCUGGGGUUCUCAAAAUCAUCAAGGCUUUGUCGGAGAACCGGUCCCUACAAGAACUCGGUCUUGCUGAAAAUACAAUUGUUGGGGAUGAUACCAUCUUUAAUAUCGUUGGUGGAGCUGAUAGAACCAGCACAGCAUGCUGUGGUGAAGAAGUUGUUACUAACAAGAACAAUCAUGGGGAAUAUUCAGAAAUUAGAACGAGGGACAAAUCAAUACAAAUUGAAAUCCCAAUUGUCAUGGAAUGUGUAGAAUUUCUCGAUCGUGCGAAUGACGAGCGCCACAGUCCAGUUGGCCGGAUGUACCAUUCAAUCCCUACUGAGUUCAAUUAUAAUGGUGCCAAAGCUUGCACUGGCGAUAAAAUUGUAAGCAUUGAGCAACACUCACAACAAACUUAUAAGAAGCAUGACAGAAAUCAUAAUAAGUAUGAUGUGGCGGACAGUGAGGAUGAGGGAAGACCGGAAGGUGUCAAUUGCUCCUCCCUUGAGGAGGAUUGUGCAAGCUCAUCACGUUCAUUGGGGCUUGUCCGGGGCAGGUCUCAUCAAUUUCAGGAUUUCCAGUCAAUCAUAAGUCCUCCACCAAAAGGUGAGACCAAAGCAAACGGAAUUCCACUAACAGAGUAUGCAUCUGAGCUCUCCUCAGCUAUUUGUUUGGCAAGAUACCUUCAGCUAUUGGACCUGAGUGAUAAUUUGCUUACUUCGGAAAUAGUAGAGCAACUUUAUGUUGCGUGGUCAUCAAAUACAAGAGCGGGUACUCCAGUGAAGCACUCUGACAAUCAAAUUGUUCACUUUACUGUGGAAGGCAGGCAAUGCUGUGGCCUUAGAAAAUGCUGUCAGAGAUCAUGUUGAGGUUUUUUGUCAACUCUGAUUAAGUUAAUGUAUAGUACUACUAGUUGUAUUUGAUGUCAGUUUUGUAUAGAUCUCUUUAAUUCAUGUCCUACUUAAUGUCAAUGGCAAUGGAAAAGGUUUUAUCUGUCAAUUCACUCUCGUGCCUGGAUUUGAAACUGUUAGGAAUUAGUGUUCACGCGAGUGUUAUAUUAUUUGUUAGGUUUGUUAUAGUUUUGUUAAAAUAUUGUCUGUAGGAUAAUAUAUUGAUUGUACGAAAUGUUAGUUUGAACAAUUCAUAUAUUUAGAAGAUUUAUUGGCGAUAUAUAAUGUAUCAUUGAAUGAAUGGAGCAUGAAAUUAAAGACAA